CCAUUAACUUCAGCGGGCGCUGGUGAGCUGGUCUGUCAGGAAAUGGACCGCUGUCCUCGCCGUCCCCUCGUUGGAUUUCGGCGCUUCCUCUUUGCGGUGGUAGGCCUUGGAUGCCAAAUAUUCAGCUCAGAGAGAGAGAACGUAUUUCCCUCCCCAAGUCUUUCUGAAAGAUGUGCACGUGUCAGUCACAAGUCCGGAACUACAAGCUCUCGUCUGCAGGUGGUAUUUGCUUCAAUAAGCCUGCUGCACAAGCACAGCUAGUGACUCGAAACAAACGGAAGACGACAGCUACCUGGAUCGACCUGCGGGUGCAAUGCCAUGCAGCCCUGGUCUCUGGUGGAGCUCUGGGCACUGCUGUCUCCUGGGACUGACUCUCUUGCUGCUGGUGUGUGAGGUCAUCACCAGCCGCCUCUGCAACUCCCUCAUCAUCAUGGUGGACAGUUUUCACACUCUCUUCAUCUUCCUGCACCUGUCCUUCCUUUAUCUGCCCCCCCGCCAGCCCCCCACAAUGCCCCCCCUUAACCCCCUCUCAUCUACUCCUACCCCGCCCAAUGGCGCUUCCCCCAAUACCCCUGUCAGUCUCAGCCCUGCCUCCUUGAUGACACCAACCCCAGUGUCCCCCCUUUACCCAUCUGCCCUUGCUUCUGCCCCCAGUCCUCCAUCCUCCCCCAUUCUUCGCACUCCUUCUUCUCUUUCCUGCCCCUACGGCUGGGCGCGGGUCCAACCGCUUGGGGCUCUGGUUUCAGCGCUGCUGCUGGCCUCCCUCUGCGUCUCGGUCUCCGUGGACAUCAUCAGCCAAAUCCUGUGGCCGCACCCGACAGAGCACCCCCUGCUGGUCACUGCGGCGGGCGUGGUUGGCCUGCUGUUCAACACAGCAGUCCUUACGAUGGGUCCCAGGGGGUUGGUGGGGCUCAAGGGGGGAUUCACCUGCCCCGUGGUUCCAAGGAUGGGGACCUCAUUCUCAGGACCUGAUCGUAAAGGUGAAGCUGAGGUAGGCGAGAGCGGUGCACUGGAGCAGGAUAAGGACCAGGCUUGUGCCCACAGCUCCUCCACAAGCCUAGGCAGGAGCCUGCAAGACGAUGCCUUGAUGUUCUGUAACCCCGGGGCAUCCAGUGUCCUGGACCCAGAUCAGCAAUCCAAGGGCAACCCCCCACCACCCCCGGGCAUCAUCCUGACAGGCCGCACCUUUGUGAACUGGGCCCAUCCAAAGACAGGCUUCCAGAAUUCCAGGAACCUUGGGAAACCAUACUGUGGCAGCUGUUGCCAUAGCAAACCCCACAGUGGAGCUCCAGAAGAUGGAGGCUGCGCAGAGCUGGGAGACGCUGAUGCGGGGAUCAAGGUUUGCCUGGGGGUUCCGGUUGGCACAGAGAGGCCCAUUCUGAGCAGGCGGUACCACUGUCUCCCUGGCCCCAUCACGCUGGUCCAGGCCCUCCUGGGCCCGGUUCUGAUCCUGGCCAGCGGGCUUGUACUGCUCCACAUUGACCCAGGCUGCAUGCACAGCGUGGGGGGCUGCGACCCGCUCGUCUACCUGGACCCCGGCUUCUCUGCGCUGGCGGCUUUGGUGUUCCUGGCCGCCGCGCUGCCCCAGGCCUGUCGCCAUGGCUACCUGCUUCUACUAGGCACCCCGCCCCACUUCUCCCUGGGGGAGCUGUCCCGCCGAAUCACGGGCGUCCCCGGGGUGCUGGCGGUGCACGAGCUGCACGUGUGGCAGCUGACCGAGGUGCACCUCGUGGCGUCUGUCCAUGUCCACUGUCACCCGGGACCGGAGGCGCAGGCGUGCCCUGACCUGCUGGCGGGCGUUACAGAAGUGCUGCGGGACGCCGGGGUGCGCCACUCCACCGUUCAGCCCGAGUUCCUGCCUGUCGGCCUGGCCAGCGCAGCCAGCUCUCUGUCCACGGGAAACCCACCGCUGCCAGCAGGGCCCCACUGCAGCCUGGCCUGCAGAACACAGUGCGCCCAGAAGAUGUGCUGUUCACCCAGGGAGCAGGGGCCUAGGAUGCUGCCCUCUGCUGACCAACUUGAGGAUGUGCAGUCUCAGGCGCUAAUCAUUGAAAACACGUAUCUCUGAGGGGGUUUGUGACGGAACCUAUUUUUAUAACUGCCUUGAUAAAGACACUUAUAUAUUGGAUGGUUCUAAACCAUUAGUUUCCUGGCAGAGUUUGACAUUGUAAUGAGAAGAAACGUUCUGGUGCGUAAUGAAAAGGAUCUUUUUGCUGCUGGGUUUCUUUGUCUGUAAAGAUGAUAUCAGAAAUACAGAACAAAUUGAAUGUGUGCUAAGAAAUCAAAUGAACCCACCCAGUAUUCAUUUCUCUAUAUGAGCAUCCAAAGCUGUGUAGUAAUUUUAUAGCAAUAUUUUAUGAACACUAUUCUUGUGCAGUUUUCUUUCCACUGAUGCCAAAUUGAACAAAUUGCACUUUUUUUGUCACGUGUACUUAAUAUGAAAUUAAGGCUAAGUUAAUUUAUAUUGUUGCUAACAUAAUGUAUCUGUAGAGUAGCUGUGAUACAGUAGCACAUGUGGUUGAUAUUAAAAAAUGCACAGAUGCAAUUAAAGGGCUUAUUAACUUUAAUUAAAUGUAGCUGCAUGUAUAUUUAUACCAUUUCAGAGUACUUCUAAGCAAAACAUUUCUUAAUUAUCUGUGAUUCUGCACAUUUCUAAGGAAUUGCUGUCUUUAUUUUAUAAAGAUACCAAAAAAUUAGAAAAUACCAUAGAAACUGUUACAGGGGAGUCUAAACUGAACUUUUCACUUCAAAACGGUGACUUCCUUAAACCAACUGCAUGCCUCAAAUACUUUAAACCACUGGUACUUAAAUCCUAUCCAUGAAAACCCACCCACCAUUUAUUCUGGGUGUUGGGCCAAUUUCUGUUAAUAAAGGCUUGAUUGAGUUGUGAAUAUUAUUGCUGACCUUACUGGAGUUUUACAUGUUACUAGGUCUAUUAGAAAACAAUGUGUGUGUGUGUUAAUAUGUGCUUAAUAAUCGUAUUUGUGUUCAUAGUUUUUUAUUGCCUUUGAUAAAUAAAAACUGUCAAUAUCU